GGAGCGCGCCAGACCUGCACAUGCUUCACAAGUACAUCGAGAGUAGGCGGUGAAACCUCUGUUUAUUAUUGAUUUAAACACAAAAAACCAAAUAUUUCUCUUUUAACACCGAAAACCCCUUGAAAAUAAGAGCAAUUUGUUUGCCACUUCAGCUCCCGCCAGUACUUUCAGUGAUCACGCAGAAGGGUUUCUCUUGCUUUUUACCUAUCUGAACCCUAAAUAUCGCAAAAUGUCCCAUCUUUCAUGUGCCCAUUUUCGCAAAGGCGACCUAGUUGAGGUUUUGAAGCAAGAAAAUGGUCCCAGCACCUCGACGUACUAUGCGGCUAAGGUGCUACGCUCAAAUGUAAAGCAGAGGAACCAGAUCUUCGUCGAGUACCAGACCAUGAUAAUCAUCGGAUCGGGCUGCCAAAAAUGUGUCACGGAGCUGGUUGAUUUAGCUAGCGUUAGGCCUAUGCCGCCAAGAGAGCUUAAUAAGUGCUUUAGAAUGGGAGAUAGUGUGGAUGUUUAUUGCGAUAAUGCUUGGCAAAAAGGAACUAUUAAGGACAUACUUGAGAAUUCCAAGUACAUUGUGAGGUUCCAUGGGAAAAGUGAGGGGAUCGUGGCUGAACAGUGCUAUUUAAGACUUCAUCGAGAAUGGGAUGAUGGGUCCUGGGUCCCCCCUCUUCCUGAACAAAACAUGUCAUCUUCGAUGGACAUGCAAUCCAGAAAGGUAAAGCUGAAGACAAAAUGCAGCAAAAGGAAGUCAGAGCCAAUGAUCGGAAUGGGGACGAGCGUAGAAGUCAAAAGUGACGAAGAAGGUUACAAAGGUGCUUGGUAUGGUGCUUCUGUCAUUGACACCAUUGGAAAUGACGAGUUUUUGGUGCAGUACUUGACCCUGGUAACAGAUGAUGAAACUGCACCUUUGAGAGAAGUAGUAAAAAAGGAUGAUAUCAGACCCUGUCCACCCCCAGUUUCUUCAGUUGUCCGUUUUGAACUGUUUGAGAAGGUCGACGUUUGGUUCAACGAAGGGUGGUGGGAAGGUGAGGUUCUUGAAGUGCAAUAUGGAUUUAAGUAUAAGGUUUAUUUCAGCUCUUCAAAUGAAACUUUGGAGUUUGAUCAUUCAGUAUUGAGGCAUCAUCAGGAAUGGAACAAUGGAAAAUGGAUAAAGGGGAAGUCAACGAAAUUGGGAGCUAACUUGACAAAUCAAAGGACAAAGUUCAGCACAGGGACAAUUGUGGAAGUAAAAAGUGAUGAAGUUGGUUUCCAGGGUGCUUGGUUUUCUGCAAUCAUUGUCAAGGAGAUGGGGAAUGGCAAAUUUAUGGUGCAAUAUCACAGUCUCUUAACAGAUGAUGGAACUGAUUUUCUCAUAGAAGAGGCAAGUGCUGCAGAUAUAAGACCUUCUCCCCCCCAUAUUGGACAUGCCCACCCAUUCAAACUGCUUGAACUGGUUGAUGCUUGGUGUAGUGAUGGAUGGUGGGUGGGUUGUAUCAUCAAAGUUCACAAGAACUUGGAGUACACAGUCUACUUCGAAACAGCAGAGGAAUUGAAAUUUCAACACUGUGAUCUGAGGCCUCAUCAAGAGUGGAUUGAUGGAUACUGGGUCGCUGCAGCUAAGUUGCAUGGUAGGUGUCACAGGGUUCUAAGUCGAAACACACGCAGCGGAACAAUCACUCAGAAACCUGCUAGGCAACAAAGAAAUCCCACUUGGCUCAGCCACACAAUCUCACAAAGUGAGGUUCGAAAGGCACAAAAUCUCAACCAACAAAGUGCAAGACAACAGUAUUUACAGGAAAUAACUUUCCCAACCUUUCAUUCACUAAAAGGAAACAAUACAAGAGACACCUCUCACAGAACUCUUCCCAAAGUGUUCUAGCAGUGCUCUCACUUUAGCUCUCUCCCUAGCUAAUGGGGUCCCCUCUCUCGGGGUUCCUCCCCACCUUUACAUGUGUAUGAGUAUAUAUAGGAUACAGCAACAGUUUACAAGAAGUUGUGGUUGACACCCCCAACCACUAAGGAGUAAAAUCCGCCCACUACUCAUCAUGGAAGUUAUAUAACUGCCCACUACUCAUCAUGGAAGUUAUAUAACCGCCCACUAAUGAUCAUGGGAGUUAUAACUACCCACUUCCCAUUAUGGGAGUUAUAACUACCCACUAUCCCUCAUGGGAGAACAUGGCCACUACUCAUCAUGGGAGAACAUGCCCCACUCUAGCAUCACUUCCCCACGUUUGUAGGCCACUCCUUUGCAUUCAGCAACUUCCAAUCCCGACUGUAGCAGCAUCCUCACAUGAUGGACCGAACCGACACCCGAAGUCCAGCCCUUGCACUCAGCAGUCUUCCAGUCUGCCCAAGCACACAGCCUUGCCAAUCAAGCAUACCCCUGCACACUCGCAUCCAGCAGUACUCUCGCCUGCCGAAGUACACAGCCUUGCCAAUCAAGCGCGCCCCUGCACACUCGCAUCCAGCAGUACUCUCGCCUGCCCAAGCAAUAUAGCCGUGCCAAUCAUGUGCACCCCUGCACACUCCCAAGUUGUGGUGAAAUCAAGGCCCAACUUCACCCAACUCAAGCCUACCGGCUCAAGGGUCUAACAAACCACCCCCACCAGAAGAAGCCAACGUCCUCGUUGGUAGGGCUCGCAAAUAAUCCCCUAUUUGCUCUUCAGACUGCCACAAGGUCGUACCUCUCUUCCAAGUAGCCUCUGCGACUGGUUUGUCUUUCCAUCGAAUAAGGAACUCCAUUCUCUUAUUCUUUCUGCUUUGCCCAAAUGUCCUAUGAUCCAGAAUUUCUCCACUCUGAUCAUCAAACUGUUUCCUCACAACCCACGGAGCUUUCUUCACUUGGCUCCUUGAAGAUUCAGCGACAUCCUCGUGAAACUUCUUAAGGAAACUAACAAGGAAAGUUGGUUUAACUUCCACUCUCUCGGGCAAUUUAAACUUGUAACCAGCAUCCCCAUGCCAUGGCUACGAAUCAUGUCCAUCCUAUCAGACUGAACACGAGUAGUGUUGUACACUCCAACAACUACCUCCUUUCUGCUUAGGAAAUCAGCAACCUGAUUGUGCCUGCCUGGCUUGUGCCCCCACACAAAACCACAUUGCGCUUCAUUUAGCUUCCUGCUCUAAAGGCAACGGGUUGUCCCUCCUGGACCAACACCCUUCCAAUAGCCUUAUCAGAAGCGUCAGUAUGCUCUCUGUUCUCAAAGGCAACGGGAUGUCCCUCCUGGACCUGCACCCCUUCAAUAGCCUUAUCAAAAAGCAUCAAUAUGCACUUAAAAAGGUGCAUAAAAAUCAGGCAACUUCAGCAUCAUGGUUCUGAAGAAAUAGUAGCUUUCAACUUCUCAAAAGCACUUUGGCAAUGACUCCCCCAUUGCCAUCUCUCAUUCUUCCGCAGAAGAUCUGUCAACGGUGCAGCUUUCUUGGAGUACCCAGCCACAAACUUUCUGUAAUAGUUUGCAAGCCCAAGAAAUGACCGCAACUCCGAGACUCCAGUUGGUACAGACCACUCCACAAUGGCAUCUACCUUCCUCGGGUCCAUCUUCACCCUCCCUUGGCUUACAAGAUGACCCAGGAACAUGACUUCCUGUCUUGAGAACUCGCAGUUCUCCAUGUUGACGUACAGUUUGUACAUCUGCAACCUUUCCAACACCACCCUAGGUGCAUCAAAUGCUCAUCCCAAUUCCUACUAUAGAUGACUCCACCAUCUAAGUACACAACAACUCAUCAAGAAAGCCCUACAAGACAUCACUCAUGAGAUUUACAAAAUGUGGCAAGAGCAUUUGCCAAACCGAAAAGGCAUAACUCAGAAUUCAUAGACUCCACAGCGAUUGACACCCAUAGUCUCCGCUUUGUCUCCCUCAGCAAUCCAAACCUGCCAAUUCCCAGCCCAUAGGUCCAGCUUUGUAAACCAGCAAGCUCCACUCAAUCUGCCCAUCAGAUCAUGGAUAAAAGGCACAGGAUAUUUGUUCUUUAUCGUCACUUUGUUCAGAGCACGAUAAUCUACACCCAUCCUCAAACUACCAUCUUGCUUUCUCUGAAACAAAACCAGCACACCAUAAGGAACUUUUGAAGGUUGAAUGCACCCUGCCUCCAGCAACUCAUUCAACUCCUUCCUUAACUCAGCAAGUUCAAAAGAGACUUCCAAUAUGGAGCAUGCACAGGAGGUUGAGAUCCUGGCACCAAUUCUAUCUUGUGAUCAAUUGCUCUCCUAGGAGGCAACUCCUUUGGCAACCCAAGAGGCAUCACAUCUGCAAAUUGCCUCAGCAACUCAGCAACUUGAUCUAGGACUCCCCAGUCCUAUCGGGCUUGACAUCUAGCAAGGCAGCAAGGAAGGUCUUCUCACCUCUCCUCAACUCGUUCUCAACCUGUGUAGCACUCAGCACACCAUUCACCUUGCUAACAUCAUUACAUUCGUCCUUAGGAAUACCCUUUCCUUGGACAUAGGAGGUUUACAAUUCAUCUAAAAUGAACAACCCACCCAAAAUGAGAAACAACAACAACUUUAGCCCGCAUAAAGAAGUCAUUCCCCAAAAUCAAUUAAAAGAACAACCAAGAAAUUUACACACCCAACCCAAUUCCAAACAAUACAAACAACAUUAGCAGCCAUGUUUAUCACAUCCCUAACUGUCGAAUUUAUUGCCUUCAUGCGGUUGGAACUCUUGAUCGCUUCCAAGCCCAAACUUUAGGCCAUCCUCUCAGCCCAAAAGUUAAGUGAAGUACCAGUAUCACCCAUAGCCAGCACUUCUGCACUAGUCAAUCUUAUAGUCACAUAGAGCAAUCCUUUCAAAGGACUCACCUCUGAAAUAGCAUUCACCAAAUGCAUUGGAUUCAUGACAGAAGAAUCCCGAAAGUCAGCAACUACAAGGGCAUGGUCAUCUUCAGCCACAAGAGCAGUCAGCUUCUCCCUCUUCGAGCAACCCUUUGCACGAUGGGGUCCAUUGCAUAGGAAACACCCCUGGUUUCCCUUCAAUACUUGCUCCCCGAACACUGACCAUCAGCCUUCCCUUUCUCACUAUUGCAGUCACCACCAUUCUUCUUGCCACCCUUCAACCUUUCGCCCUUUCCCUUAAUCAGGCUAGCAUCUUUACUGAGCUUGAAAUCCACCAAGCCAUCAGCAACAGCAAAGGCACUAGGCAAAUCCUUCACGUUUUGCCUUCUCAACUCCAUUUGUGCCCAUGGUUGAAGACCAGACAUAAAAUUGAAUAGUUUGUCCUCCUCGGACAUAUUUUGGAUAUCCAGCAUCAAAGAACUAAAUUCCUUGACAUAAUCCCUUACCGUACCCGAUUGUCUCAGCCGCUUUAAAGAAUCCCUUGCAACCCAAGAGGCAUUGCAAGGUAGGAACUGAUCCUUCAUUUCCUUCUUUAAUCUCUCCCACGAGUCAAUCCUCGGCCUGCCAGCACCGGCAUCAUCAGACAUACGGGUUCGCCACCACAACUUGGCAUCCCCUGACAAGUACAUGCUGGUGAUUGUAACUUGCUCCACAUCAGGGAUCCGAGCAGCAGCAAAAUACUGUUCCAUGUCCCAAAGGAAAUUCUCUAAUUCCUUAGCACUUCGGGCACCAUUGAAUGCUUUAGGUUCCGGCACCUUCAUCUUCCCAUUAGAGACCAUCUCACCUGGGAUCUCCGCAACUGUCCGCUUCACCAACGUCACGUCUGCCUCUAGCAAACUCACCCUUGCUCUCAUCUCCUCAGAGAACUCUUUGAGCAUGGUCUCAAGACGCUGAACAGACUCAUGAAGGUCAUCCAUCCGAGUAGAAAAGCUCUCUACCCCAUCAGCAUCAACUGGGCCAAUGAUAGAUUCUAACCGUGCCACCCUUUCUCGAACAGCUUCUAUAGCUCCACCUCCAGCCAUAGUAGUUAGAGUAACUGUUCAAAGCAAACCUUUGCUCUGAUACCAAAUUGUCACAGGGUUCUAAGUCGAAACACACGCAGCGGAACAAUCACUCAGAAACCUGCUAGGCAACCAAGAAAUCCCACUUGGCUCAGCCACACAAUCUCACAAAGUGAGGUUCGAAAGGCACAAAAUCUCAACCAACAAAGUGCAAGACAACAGUAUUUACAGGAAAUAACUUUCCCAACCUUUCAUUCACUAAAAGGAAACAAUACAAGAGACACCUCUCACAGAACUCUUCCCAAAGUGUUCUAGCAGUGCUCUCACUUUAGCUCUCUCCCUAGCUAAUGGGGUCCCCUCUCUCGGGGUUCCUCCCCACCUUUACAUGUGUAUGAGUAUAUAUAGGAUACAGCAACAGUUUACAAGAAGUUGUGGUUGACACCCCCAACCACUAAGGAGUAAAAUCCGCCCACUACUCAUCAUGGAAGUUAUAUAACUGCCCACUACUCAUCAUGGAAGUUAUAUAACCGCCCACUAAUGAUCAUGGGAGUUAUAACUACCCACUUCCCAUUAUGGGAGUUAUAACUACCCACUAUCCCUCAUGGGAGAACAUGGCCACUACUCAUCAUGGGAGAACAUGCCCCACUCUAGCAUCACUUCCCCACGUUUGUAGGCCACUCCUUUGCAUUCAGCAACUUCCAAUCCCGACUGUAGCAGCAUCCUCACAUGAUGGACCGAACCGACACCCGAAGUCCAGCCCUUGCACUCAGCAGUCUUCCAGUCUGCCCAAGCACACAGCCUUGCCAAUCAAGCAUGCCCCUGCACACUCGCAUCCAGCAGUACUCUCGCCUGCCGAAGUACACAGCCUUGCCAAUCAAGCGCGCCCCUGCACACUCGCAUCCAGCAGUACUCUCGCCUGCCCAAGCAAUAUAGCCGUGCCAAUCAUGUGCACCCCUGCACACUCCCAAGUUGUGGUGAAAUCAAGGCCCAACUUCACCCAACUCAAGCCUACCGGCUCAAGGGUCUAACAGUAGGCUUCUAGGGGUAAUCAAUAAUAUGGCUUAUUGGAUUCCUCAUAAAUGUAGGAAGUGCCAUAAAUUUCUUUGCAGAUUACCAAGUGUCAGUCUUUCUAAUUUAUGCAUUUUGAUUAAACAUACUCUCUUAUUUGUAUUAAAAAUUCCCUUGUUGCUCUAAACUAGCUACUGCCCUGGCUAGUGUCAUCCCUGGUUGUACGUUUUAUUUAUUUUCCACCAACACUUGUUAAAUGCAUCACUUUUACC